CUCCUCCCUUUUCUUCUAUUUUUCCAUUUCCCUUCAACUUUCCACUUUAUUUUUGUGUAAAACUAUAUUUAAAAAGAGGAAGUUAGACAUUUUUUCCCACAUUCUUUUGCAUGUUACACCCAUGUUUUUUUUUUUUUAGUUCAAAACCCUGCAAACUUCCUGUAUGUGUGAGUUUCAGUGUACCCUCCUCCACUACUUCCCCCGCCAGCUUCUCCUCUCUCUUCAGCUGAGCUCCUCUUCUUCCUGAGCUCACUCUGCCGACUGCGUUCGUGUUGACUGGCCAGAGUCCGCGAGCUGAACAUCCUGCUUUGGUCCACAGUGUUCCUCUGCCUCUGUUCUAUUGCUACCUCUGACAUUAAUGCACCUCAGUCCUGCCCUCUGGACCUGACUGUUAAUUUCUCAGAUCAUCGGCUCCUGGUUCCUCUACCUACUUCCUGUUCUGGUUCUGACUUUUGAUUGGCCAUGUCGUACCACAGCUUUUUACUGGAACCAAUUAGCUGCCACGCCUGGAACAAAGAUCGAACCCAGAUCGCACUGUGCCCCAACAACCAUGAGGUCCACAUCUACAAGAAAGAUGGGGCUAAGUGGACCAAAGUCCACGAGCUGAAGGAGCAUAAUGGACAGGUGACAGGAAUUGACUGGGCUCCAGAGAGUAACCGUAUAGUCACCUGCGGAGCAGACCGUAAUGCUUACGUGUGGACCCUCAAAGAGGGGGUCUGGAAGCCCACCCUGGUCAUCCUCAGGAUCAACCGUGCUGCUCGCUGUGUUAAGUGGUCGCCAAAGGAGAACAAGUUUGCUGUCGGCAGCGGCUCGCGGCUCAUCUCCAUCUGCUAUUUUGAGCAGGAAAAUGACUGGUGGGUGUGCAAGCACAUCAAGAAGCCAAUCCGCUCUACCAUCUUGAGUUUGGACUGGCAUCCCAAUAAUGUGCUGCUGGCAGCCGGAUCAUGUGACUUCAAAUGCAGGGUUUUCUCUGCCUAUAUAAAGGAGGUGGAGGAGAAGCCGAGCCCCACCCCCUGGGGCAGCAAGAUGCCUUUUGGGGAGGUCUUGUUUGAGUCAGGAGGUUCAGGAGCUCAGGUCCAGACUUCAGGAGGAGGAGGAGGCGGUUGGGUGCAUAGUGUGUGUUUCUCACACUCCGGCAACCGUCUGGCCUGGGUUUCCCAUGAUUCCACGGUAUCUGUCGCAGAGGGAGGCAAGACUGGAACGGUGAGCAGCCUGAGCUCAGAGACGCUUCCUCUGCUGUGUGUGACCUUCAUCACUGAGAACAGCUUAAUAGCAGCUGGUCACGACUGUUACCCAAUGCUGUUUGUGUACGAUGGCGCCAAAGUCAGCCUGACAUUUGGCGGUAAGCUGGAUGUUCCAAAGCAAGCUGCCCAGAAGGGAAUCAGCGCCAGAGAGCGUUUCCAGAAUCUGGAUCGCCGAGCUUCAGAGACUCAGGGCACCGACAAGGACCUCAACACGCUGCACAAGAACAGCAUCAGUCAAAUCUCUUUGCUGGAAGGAGGAAGAAGCCAGUGCACCAAGUUCUGCACCACCGGCAUGGAUGGAGGAAUGAGCAUCUGGGAUGUCAAGACUCUGGAGUCGGCUAUGAAGGACUUGAAGAUCGUCUGAGCUGCUUCGUAUCUACCCGAUCAAAGGCAAUAUAUUUCUGUGUUAUGAAAUCUGCUGCAACAAAGCUUCUUGGCUGUUUUUUUAAUCAAAUGUGUCCCCUUUUUUAAAACAUACAAAUGAAACAGUGUUUUUCCAUCUUAUUGUCUGUUCAUGACAAGGCUCUGUAACAAGGGGCUGGCCUCAGAUUGACGAAUGGUACUUAUUCUGCUGCAUUAGCACAGGCACAGCUCAGUCUAAGCUUAAUGCUUAAAGUAGUUAUUUUAUAUUCCUGCCAAUGAAAAUCUGGAAUCCUUUCACAAAGCUUAUGCUGGUCAUAAUAUGCAUUUAAUAAAUAAUUGCUGUCACAGAGAUCUUCAGACUAAGGUUCAUUAUUGAGGCUUGUGCAUUGUUUAUUUGAAUCUAUUUAGAAUGAAAUGAUCAAUAUUUAUGGUAGAGAAAAAUAUAAAAAAAUGAGUAAGUGGUGUUGGACUUACGGACAAAUAGGUAUAGUAAACAUUUUCUGCAUUUUCUUUUUUAUGAAUUGUGCUUAACCACCAUUAAUUACACUUGUGGUGAGAGAAGUGGAGCUUUCUCCUAGCUAUAUUACAUUAGGAUCUGAAAAGAAAAGACACACCACAAAUUAGUAGGGAUCCGAGUUUGGUAUAUUAUUUCAUUGUUGUACCAUUCUUCGUAGUAGAUAUGCAUUAGCAGAAUAAAUUUAGAAUUUUUUGAUGGGCCCAACUCAACUACUGCUGCUCUUUACACAAAUUUUAUUUUCUUAUUUACCAUUAUUUAAUGGUUUGUUUGAUUAUGCAAAUUGUUUCUUUUUGCUUUACAGCACAAAAUUUCUCUCUCUUUUUUUCUUCAAUAAACUGUGUUCCUCAUC